AUGCAAUCAAGACAUUCAUCAACUUCAGGUGUGUUAAUGGUUGGCCCAAAUUUCAGGGUCGGCAAAAAAAUAGGCAGCGGCAAUUUCGGGGAACUCAGAUUGGGAAAGAAUUUGUAUAAUAACGAACACGUCGCCAUCAAAUUGGAACCUCUCAAAUCCAAAGCGCCGCAAUUACAUUUAGAAUACAGGUUUUAUCAGAUGUUGGGAGAACAUGAGGGUGUCGCUAAAGUAUUCCAUUUAGGUACUUGCGGUGGUAGGUACAACGCGUUGGUAAUGGAAUUGCUUGGACCGAGUUUGGAAGAUUUGUUCUCGAUAUGCAGUAGACGAUUUAAACUCAAAACAGUUCUGAUGAUAGCAGACCAAUUGAUAACUAGACUAGAAUACGUUCACAGUAAAAGAUUGAUAUUCCGCGAUAUAAAACCCGAGAAUUUUCUAAUCGGUAGAACAAGAAAUAAAAAAGAUAAAAUUAUACAUAUCAUAGAUUUCGGUUUGGCUAAGGAAUACAUAGAUCCUGAUACGGGGAAACACAUACCUUAUAAAGAACAUAAAUCUUUGACUGGUACAGCCCGCUACAUGAGUAUAAACACCCAUCUGGGUCGAGAACAGUCCCGGAGGGAUGAUUUAGAGGCAUUGGGACAUAUGUUUAUGUAUUUUUUGAGGGGUUCGCUACCCUGGCAAGGCCUCAAAGCAGACACUUUAAAGGAACGAUAUCAAAAAAUAGGGGAAACUAAAAGGGCUACUACGAUUGAGAGUCUUUGUGAAGGACAGCCCGAAGAAUGGGCUACGUACAUGAGAUACGUACGAAAGUUGGAUUUUACAGAAACUCCGGAUUAUGAUUACCUUAGGAAACUCUUCAGUGAUCUUUAUAUUAGGAAAGGAUACGCGGAAGAUGGAAUAUUUGAUUGGACAGAUCGAGUAUCGUGGUUAAGUUCGGAUGAAAGAAGAGAAAGUCAAAAAGGCAAAACUUGA